CAGGAGGUGGAGGAGCUGGAGGAGGUGGCGGAGGAGGUGCAGGCUGAGACCCGCUGCGCCGUGGAGCUCCGGGCGGCAUGCGGCUCCUCGCGCUCCUGGGGCUCCUCGCCUCGUGCGCCCUGCUGCUCGCUCCCGCCGCCCAGGCGUGCGGCCCCGGGAGGGGUUACGGCAAGCGGAGGCCACCUAAGAAGCUGACGCCCCUCAGCCUCAAGCAGUUCAGCCCGAACGUGGCCGAGAAGACGCUGGGGGCCAGCGGUAGACUCGAGGGCAAAAUCACCAGAAACUCGGAGCGCUUUAAGGAGCUCACGCCCAACUACAACCCCGACAUCAUCUUCAAGGAUGAGGAGAACACGGGCGCGGAUAGGCUCAUGACGCAGCGCUGUAAGGACAAACUGAACUCCCUGGCUAUCUCGGUUAUGAACAUGUGGCCAGGGGUGAAGCUGAGAGUCACUGAGGGCUGGGAUGAAGACGGCAAUCACUUUGAUGACUCUCUGCAUUAUGAGGGCAGAGCAGUGGACAUCACCACCUCUGACCGUGACCGUAACAAGUAUGGCAUGCUGGCCCGGCUGGCGGUGGAGGCUGGCUUCGACUGGGUCUACUAUGAGUCCAAAGCACACGUCCACUGCAGCGUGAAGUCAGAGCACUCUGUGGCCGCUAAGACAGGCGGCUGUUUUCCCGGAGGUGCUCUGGUCACUCUGGAGGACGGGAGUAGGAAGGCCAUGCGUGAGCUGCAGCCCGGAGAGCGAGUGCUGGCCUCGCUCCAGAGCGACGGCAAUGGUCAGCUCCUCUACAGCGAGGUCAUCGCUUUCUUGGACCGCAGCCCUGCAGCACGGCAGCAGUUUUACACUCUAGUGACUGACUCAGGGGCCACACUGAGCCUGACCGCCGCUCACCUCGUGUUUGUGGCCGAGGGGAACUGCUCGGGGCCGGUGGCCAGCAGCCAGCUCCAGACUGUGUUUGCCAGCCAGGUGCAGCUGGGACAGUGCGUGGUUUGGGCACGGGGAGCAGGGCAGGAAGGGCAUCUGUCCCGGGUCAGCAGGAUCAAGAUGAAGCAGGACACGGGGUUGUUUGCUCCACUGACCCGCCACGGCACAGUGGUGGUUAAUGACAUUGUCUCCUCCUGCUAUGCAGCCACAGAUCAGCACCGGCUUGCUCACUGGGCUUUCGGCCCACUCAGAGCACUCCAUAGUUGGGGUGGGCCAAUGGGACACCAGGCUGAGGGAGUACACUGGUACCCCUCACUGCUGCACUGGGUAGGAAGCCGCAUACUCAACCCAAAACAUUUUCAUCCCUGGGGAAUGAUGGACAUCGACAGAUGAGGGGAGGACAGUGCAUGUUGUGAGCAAAAAGUGAAAGAUAACUGGAAAAGACAGAAUGAGAAUGAUCAAAUGAUCAAAAGAAAAUGAUCAAAAAAAGAGGCUAAUAUGGAGGCUCUGGAGGAAGGAAGAAGUAGAAGAAAUUCUGAAAUGAACAGAUUAACUCUAUUGCCUUUAAAGACUUGAAGGAUGCAGUAAUUCUGUUGGUGUUUCAUCACUUGGAGAAUCGUGUCCAUGGACCCACAUGUUAAACUAUUCAACACAAAACUAUUUGGAAAAAAAUGUGUUUCUUUUACUGCCUACACUGGAACAUACUCACAAAACACACAAACACGCACACAUGCAUUAAUUAACAUUUUUAUACUGAGGUAAUACAGCACAUGAAAACUGUAGAUAAAAUAGCUCAGGUAAGCAGCGACUCAGCCAUAGGAGAGUCUUAGUCUGCUUGAGUCUUAGGCUGUUUGAUACUUUGAUACUCAUUUACUAACAAACAACAGUAAUUUGACAAAAAAGGAAACAAUGCUCUGCGAUACACCAGAUAUCAGGAAAAUCCUAUUUUUUUUUCAUGCAGUCUACCGUUCGGUUUGUUAUUUGUUACGUAUUGUUCUUACUCUCAUUAUUCUCUCACAAGUUCAGAUUAAUUGGCUUAGACCUAUCAAUGCUGUCAGUCUCAUGUUUCUUGCUGGAAAUGUUCUUUAUCUUUAUCAAGUAUUUAAUAGUCACAUUGUACACUGUAUUUCUACAUAUAGCAUACACAAGGGUUUAAAUGCACAAUAUUACAUACUUUAUUAAAGUUAUACUCAUUAAGAUAUUGAAAUAUACAACGUUAUUCAAUCAGUACAAUCAUUAUGUCAGUGAACAGCCAAUUGAGGAUCCUUAUAUUAUGCCACACAGUCUGUAUUCCCUAUGUAUGCUUUAUGGAGUAAUACUCCAUAUACAAUCUGACUUGCUGUAUUUACCUUUUUUGUGGCAUUAUUCACUUUUUACCAGAAAGAUGUCAAAAAUUAUAUAAUGUUCAUAAAAGUAUUUAAAGAUCUAUUUUUCAAAAUUAAACGAUAUGGAAAUA